AUGCGGUGCCAAGCCGGAAAUGUCACCUCUCUGCCAAAUAGUGAAGAUAGUGUUCUGCUGGUGGGCUGCCUUAGCAGCUCAGUGAAGAUGACUACAGCUUCAAUUAAAGAAGAUACCAAUGAUAAUAUCACCAUUUUUACUCGGAUCCUUGAUGGUCUGCUUGAUGGGUAUGACAACCGACUUCGGCCAGGGCUUGGAGAGCGAAUAACAGAAGUCAAAACAGACAUUUAUGUUACGAGUUUCGGACCAGUAUCAGAUACAGAAAUGGAAUACACCAUUGAUGUAUUUUUUCGACAAAGCUGGAAAGACGAACGACUUAGUUUUCAAGGACCUAUGCAACGCCUUCCUCUUAAUAAUCUGUUGGCUAGUAAAAUCUGGACACCUGAUACCUUUUUUCACAAUGGUAAAAAAUCAAUAGCUCACAAUAUAACAACGCCCAACAAAUUACUACGUCUUCAGGAUGAUGGUACUCUGCUAUAUACCAUGAGGCUAACUAUCUCUGCUGAGUGUCCUAUGCAACUAGAAGACUUCCCAAUGGAUGCACAUGCCUGCCCACUAAAAUUUGGAAGUUAUGCAUAUCCCAACUCAGAAGUAAGGUAUGAAUGGACAAAUUUAACUCAUAAAUCAGUAGUUGUUGCUGAAGAUGGUUCUCGGCUAAAUCAGUACCAUUUAAUUGGCCAAACUGUGGGAGCUGAAAACAUCAGUACAAGCACAGGUGAAUAUACUGUGAUGACAGCACACUUUCAUUUAAAAAGAAAAAUUGGAUACUUUGUUAUCCAAACAUACCUUCCAUGUAUAAUGACUGUCAUCUUAUCUCAAGUAUCAUUUUGGUUAAACAGAGAAUCAGUCCCUGCACGUACAGUUUUUGGUGUUACAACAGUACUUACAAUGACAACAUUAAGUAUCAGUGCACGGAACUCUUUACCUAAAGUUGCUUAUGCGACAGCAAUGGACUGGUUUAUAGCUGUCUGCUACGCUUUUGUUUUUUCUGCACUUAUUGAAUUUGCAACUGUGAAUUAUUUUACCAAAAGAAGUUGGGCUUGGGAUGGAAAAAAAGCUCUUGAAGAAGCAAAAAUAAAGAAAAAAGAACAAGAAUCAUUAGGAAGAAAAACGAUCAAUACAUACAGUGGAGGACGUAUAUCUUACACAGCCAAUAUUUCUAAAGACCUCAGUUCGUCAGUUAUCGCAAAUGUUCCCUCCGUACACGUGAAGACUGCAGAAGACAAAGGUGCUGAAAACAAAAAAACAUAUAACAGCGUCAGUAAAAUUGACAAAAUGUCCCGGAUAGUAUUUCCUGUCAUGUUUGGGACAUUCAAUUUAGUUUAUUGGGCUACAUAUCUAAACAGGGAACCUGUGAUCAAAGGAGCGGCUUCUUCCAAAGCGUCUCAAGUUUUGCCAAUACAUAUCUGA